CCCGGGCAGGCUCGGGCGGGGGCGGCGGCGGCCCCGGCCAUGCGGAGCCGGGCUCGGUGGUGGCGGCGGCGGCCGCGCAGGGCCCUGCCUAGGCUGCGGCGGGGCCCGAUGUGGCGCCGGGGGUAGGGUGGGGCGUCCCGUCCGUCCCCCCCUUCUCAUCCCCCUUCCUCCUCGUUCCCCUCCGCCGCCGGCGCCAUGUACACCUUCGUGGUGCGGGACGAGGGCAGCAGCGUGUACGCCGAGGUGAGCCGGCUGCUGCUGGCCAGCGGGCAGUGGCGGCGCCUCCGGAGGGACAACCCCCGCUUCAACCUGAUGCUGGGCGAGAGGAACCGGCUCCCCUUUGGCAGGCUGGGCCAUGAACCCGGACUUGUGCAGCUGGUGAAUUACUACAGGGGAGCAGACAAGCUGUGCCGCAAAGCGUCUCUGGUGAAGCUAAUCAAGACAAGCCCUGAACUAUCGGAGUCCUGCACGUGGUUCCCUGAGUCGUAUGUGAUUUACCCAACAAACUUGAAGACCCCUGUGGCUCCAGCACAGAAUGGAAUUCGCCAUCUCAUAAACAACACAAGGACAGAUGAGCGGGAAGUCUUCUUGGCAGCUUACAACAGGCGGCGGGAAGGCAAAGAAGGCAACGUGUGGAUCGCCAAGUCCUCAGCUGGUGCCAAAGGGGAAGGGAUCUUGAUUUCUUCAGAGGCUGCAGAGCUCCUGGACUUCAUCGAUGAGCAGGGACAAGUGCACGUGAUUCAGAAAUACCUGGAGAAGCCUCUGCUUUUAGAGCCAGGGCAUCGCAAGUUUGACAUCAGGAGCUGGGUUCUCGUGGAUCAUCAAUAUAAUAUCUACCUCUACAGAGAGGGUGUCCUGCGGACCUCUUCCGAACCAUAUAACAGUGCUAAUUUCCAGGACAAAACCUGCCACUUGACCAAUCACUGCAUUCAGAAGGAAUACUCCAAAAACUACGGGCGGUAUGAGGAAGGGAAUGAAAUGUUCUUCGAGGAGUUCAACCAGUAUCUGAUGGAUGCCCUGAACACAACGCUUGAGAAUAGCAUCUUACUGCAAAUCAAACACAUAAUAAGAAGCUGCCUUAUGUGUAUAGAGCCUGCAAUCAGCACAAAGCAUCUUCACUACCAGAGCUUCCAGCUGUUUGGUUUUGACUUCAUGGUGGAUGAGGAGCUGAAGGUCUGGCUGAUAGAAGUCAAUGGGGCCCCGGCGUGUGCCCAGAAGCUGUAUGCAGAGCUCUGCCAAGGAAUUGUGGAUGUAGCCAUCUCUAGCGUUUUCCCCCUCAACGACACCGGGCAGAAGACGAGCCAGCCAUCAUCGAUCUUUAUCAAGCUGUGAUGAUGACAGGAAUGCCUCUGCUGUGCACAGGGAGAGACUGCACCCAUCGGGUCAGCAAAGUUCGGUGGCUUAUCUCAGUAUCAUGCCAAAAAGUGAUAGAGACAGGCUUCUUAUUUUCUGGAAAAUCAUGGGGAAAAACCAACAAUACAGGCAUCUACACAAAGCUGCAGUGAGCCAGAGCUGCUCAGACAACUCUGCCUGCAUUCACCAAAAUCCACUUCAGAAACAGCUCGUGUGACUUUGAUAUCUGAACAAAUCUCUCUGGGAGAACAACAAAGUAACCUUAAAAUGAAACCCCAACAAGGAUACUAUAAUACUGUAUUAGCUCCUCCUUUUCUAUAGUGAUAACAUUGGGUUUUUUAAGGGAAUUGAGCGAAGAGUACGAUGAUCUUCUGGGACAUCGUGGCUGGGAAGUUGUCCUCCUGCUGUGUUUCUUCUUUCCUCACCUACUGCAUCAUUAGUGCCUUAGCUCAGCUCCAAAUAGGUGUGACUCCUUUCCUUUGUUCCUGCUCUUAUUACAUAGGAAGGAGCAAGCUGUCUUGCAUCGCAGGAUGCCGAAAACCAGGAAUACCGAGAAUUCAGUUUUCCUUAAGUCAUUUUCCAAGCUGGUUGGCCGAACACCCAGGCAACGGCUGGCGAAAGGGUGCUGAACUGCAGGGGGUGAAUUAACCCAAGCAAGGAAGGCAAUUUUGUUUAUUUAUAGCUAUCCCUUUUUCCUAAUGAGAUUUGAAUCAGCCUCCAUCCCAGUCUGAUGCAGUUGGAUUUUGUUUAAAAGAGGUAGAGAGACCCUCUCGGGGCUCAUCGGCAGGCUGUAGGAUUUCUGGCAUCACUUUUGUGCUAAGAGCGUUUCAAAUAGCAGAAACCCCAUCUCCUCAGUUUCUUAUGAGACGCUGCAGUGAAUUUAGGCUUCUCUCUCAGCGCUCACCUUCAUGCAUUUGAGGCUUGAAUCUGAAACCAUUCAGCCUGAAUGAUUUUUAUCCUGUUUGAUCCAGACAAUUUUAUUCUCCUCCGUUUGACAAAUACUGCGAUUUUCUGCCCUGAACACAGUCCACAGCUUGGUCCCAGUUUAGGGGGACAGUGGGUGAGGUUUUGUAGACCAGGAGAGAGAUCCCUGUAUAUAGGUUUGCCACACAGAUGGGAAAGCAGGUGGUUUUUGGGGGAGGGGAGGUUAAAUUCCUUGAGUUCCCUGAAUUUCAGCUAGAGCUCUUUGCAGAGCACAAUGGCACUUGGAACAGCAGUGGGCUUUGUGGGAGGUGUUCAGGGCUGCGUUCUGCUGCCUCUGGGAGGGAGAGAUGGGUGGCAGCGAAAUAAACUGGUUCCUGUUACCCAAAACAAACAAACAGGAGGAGAUUGUGGAGGUUACAGGCUUCUGGCUGCCUGUGUGUAAUAGGAAGUGAACCAGGCAGUGAGAUUUCUGCCUCCCCCAGAAGAUCCUAGCACUUUGGCGUACUCAUCUCUGCUCAUGACAGAGAUUUCAGAGGUCCUCAUGCCAGCAGACAAUCCUGGCGUCUUUCUGUAGGCAGGACUGAAGUGCCCAGG